AUGCGGCUGAAUCGAAAGCACGACCAACAGGUCGAUCGCGAAAAGAGUGACCAGGAGCUCGCAUCUUCUAAACCAGACCAAGUUCCCGAUGGGGGACUCAUAGCCUGGGUGCAAGUUGCUCUUAUGCACAUCGUAUUCUUUAAUACCUGGGGCGUCGCGAAUGGCUACGGCAUCUUUCAGCAAUACUACACCCAAACACUCGACCUUUCAGAAUCGGCAGCAUCGUGGAUUGGUAGCGUCCAGAUGUUUCUUCUUUUCUUCAUCGGCGUUUUCGCAGGGCGUCUUACCGAUGGCGGAUACUUCCGAGUCAUAUUUGCCUCAGGAGUUUUUCUGCAGGUGUUGGGCAUAUUUAUGACCUCGUUGGCAACAAAAUAUUGGCAAAUAAUCCUCGCACAAGCUGUUUGUCUCGGAAUUGGCAACGGCCUGACAUUUUGCCCAGCGUUGGCAGUUCUUUCACAGUACUUCAAAAAGAAACGAGCCUUCAGCGUUGGGCUAGCGGCUGCCGGCGGCGCGGUUGGCGGACUUGUCUAUCCGGUCUUGAUCAACUGGCUGAUCUUCAAGGAUGGUGUUGGAUUUCCGUGGGCUUUGAGAGCCAUGGGGUUCAUUAUGCUUGGAACAUACAUCCCAUGUUUGAUAUGGUUCAAGCCACGCAUAGCACCUCGGAAAAGCGGCCCCUUGAUAGAUACAUCUGCUUUUUCCGAGAUGCCGUUUAUUUUCUUUUCGUUGAGCAUGUUCUUUAUCUUCUGGGGACUCUAUUUUGCAUUUUUCUACAUGGGUACUUUUGCUCGGGAUCAGCUUCAGUAUGCGGAGCCAAUUUAUCUGCUAAUGGUUCUCAAUGGCGUUGGUGUGGUCGGACGAACUGUUCCAUCAGUCAUCGCAGAUAAGUGGACGGGCCCACUAAACGCCUUGGUCCUGCUGAGUUUUGCGUCAAGCUUGCUUGUAUACUGCUGGGCAGCGAUAAGCUCAAUCGGGGGGUUGUUUGCCUUUACCAUUGUGUAUGGGUUCCUUGCAGCGUCGCUCCAAGCUCUUCUCCCAGCAGUCGCGACUACAAUGACACCCCAUCCAAACAGGACUGGAACUCGGGUGGGAAUGAUUCUCGGCUUUGUUAGUUUUGCAAAUCUCACUGGCCCGGCGAUUUGCGGCGCCCUCAUCAGAAGACAAGAUGGAAGCUAUCUGGGGGCUCAAAUGUUUGCGGGUACAUCGAUUCUUCUCGGCGCCGCUAUGGCUCUGGGGGCAAGAAUUGCAAAGACAGGAAUGAUCCUAGGCGCGAAGGUGUAA